AUGGCUACUACGCUCAACACAAUCCCAGCUGAGGAAGGCGACACGCUGUUACCCAAGAAGCCUCAGGCAUCGCUUAAAUUCCAAGCGCACAUGGGCGCCGCGAACGCGUCGACGAAAGCGAAGAAGGUCGUCGGCGCCGUGGCCGUGGCGGCCUUAGUUCUGGGAGUGCUCGCGGCGACGAGCGUAUGGGCCGGCGUCGCGCCGGCGCGCACGAACUUGAGCUCGAGCGCCAAGAAUCAGCAGAUUAAGUUAUACGCGGACCCGUCGAAGUGCCUUACCGCUACUGGAACCGAGGUAGGUGACAAGCUAGUGAUAUCGACGUGCGGCGGCGGUGGUGGCCACGGUACGAAGCUCGCGACUCAGCAGUUCACCUACUCCGAGAAGAACGGGCGCGGCCAAAUCACCCAUGGCAACUUGUGCGUGAGCAAGGAACCCGGCUCAGCUGUCUCGGACGCGAUGUUGUUGUGGUGGUGCGACUCUGGCGACUCUGACGAGAACUUAAUCUGGGAAACGGAUGAAUCCAAAAAUGGGUACAAGCACAUAUCGUUCCCGUGGUUUGACGGCUCGCACCUCUGCAUCGAUGCGGAGAACACCAAGGACGGCAGCCCCGUGACCGCGGUCAAGUGUAGCUCGCAAAAGUUGAAGCAGCAGCAAUGGGAGAUCACCUCCGACGUGCGCCCGACGUCUCAGCAAAUCAAGUUAGCUGAUGCCAACAAGGUCGGCAUGCGGCGUCCUUAUUGGUAAAUUGCGCGUGCCGCGGCAUACGCCAUCGACGCCCCGAUUCCCGCGCAGUGCCUAGCCGUCCGCAACCCGUCGACCGCGAAGAAGGGCUCGCCGGUGGAGGUCUACGACUGCGCCUCCAAAGCUGACGCGGAGAAGGAGGGGCAGGCCUGGUACUAUGAUGUGUCGCAUGGCGGCUGUUUCAUCAAGUUCGUCUACGGCGAUACGGACCUGUGCGUGAACGCAUUGGGUGGCAAGCACUUUCAGGACGGCGACGCCUUCGGCCUCUUCGAUUGCACGUAUACGAAGCAGGAGGAGCUCCAAUUCAUCGGGAGCGAGCUUCCCUCGUACAUAGAGCUCUCCGCUACCAAUUCGCAGUAUACCAUGACGCCCCAGUCUUGUGUGGGCAAAAUGGACUGCAACCCGAAGAACGGCGAGAAGGUCGUCGGAACGAGCGAAUGGCCGCCCGCGGAAUGGACGCGGGUGUGA